UCGACUCGCUCGCGCGCGCUGCUACGUCCGUGUGCUACGCGGCGCUACGACGCGUAGCGACUCGCAACUACGCCGCUACGGCAAGCCGAAAAUUAUUUGGCAGUGACUGUGCGAGGAUAUUGAAUUAAACGGAAUUAUUUAGUGCAAUAGCCAGUGGUGUGCUUCCUCAGUUACUGAAAUAGCGGAGCUGAAUAAUUCCGCGGCUCGACUAUAAGAUAAUUCCUGGGACGCGACGUCCUCAUUCCGGACUGUCAGUGGAGUGCUGAGACAAAGGGGGCGCUCGGCAAAGUGGAAUAGUUUCAAUUUGUAUUGAAAGUUUAGUGGUGAAUAGGAAGUGUAACGAGCGUGUGGCAGGUGUCACGCGGAGACAAUGAGGCAGCUCGGAGGGGGAGGGUAGCAUGACAGCGCCUGCCACGGCGGCCUGAUGGCGCUAGUGCGCCGCAUACUAGGCGACGCCCAGGCGAAACUCCGCAAAAUGGUCGACGAGCAAGUAUCGGUGGGCGCCCGGGUUGACGCGGACGCCGAGCCGGAGCCGGCUGACCCGCUGAUCACGCCAGCCAGCUCAGCGCUCGAGCGGCCCGAGCUAGACCGGCCCGUGCCGCCCGAGCGACGCUUGCUCAUCGGCACCCUGGACAAACGCAAUGGUGGACUCAGCGUCGAUAAGGAGGGCACCAUCAAUAGGACCACUAGACUGUCUAUAAGAAACGGGAAGGACAAUCCCUUCAUAGACGAUGACAAUAAAGAAAACCAGGCAAAUGGCAAGCUAGAGUCCCCGGUGAAAUGGUCAACACAAAACGGCAGCGACAGUGGAACUUACGCUGAAAUAGGCAAUGGAGGCAACAGUCAUACCAGCGAGAGGAAUAUUCUGGAUCCCGCCGACAGUUCAGAGGAAGAGGUUCCACUCCCUGAUGCCACGUCACCAGGCAGGAGUAGCGACGGUCCCGAACCAAGAGCUGAUAUUACUGCGACACUUGAAGGAGACGCGGCCUCCCCCGGCGGUCGUUCGGAUCGGUCGCGGCAGGAGGAAGUCCCAGCGUCCCCUGGGAUGCUCACCGCCGCACAGGUAGCCAGGAGACUCCGGAUGGAAAAUGAAAGAUUACAGGCCGAGCUCACACGUGUCCGUCGUCUACUGGUAGCGGCAGCUGAGCGAGGAGAGGCUGGAAGCACACUGCUGGAACGAGCCAAGUCCGACACACAGGAUGCACCUCAACUAGACCCUCAACAGCUGGAGAAAGAACUGCUGCUGGCUAGAGAAGCUGUUAACUCUUUGAAAGCAGACAAAAAGAGGUUGAAAGCUGAGAAAUUUGAUUUACUAAACCAAAUGAAACAACUCUACGCCACUCUCGAAGACAAAGAGAAAGAGCUCCGAGACUUCAUAAGAAACUAUGAACAGAUGCGUUCGCGGGGUGGAGCUUCAUCAGCUUUAGGAGCAGAGCGAGCUGAGCGUGAGCGGGAGCGCGCUGCGUUACUGCGACAUGCUCGCGAUGAAGCUGAGCGCUCUCUACAACUAGCGGCCGCACUCAGUGCUCGGGACACACAGCUGAGACACGCUCGAGAACAACUCUUUGAGGCCAGGAGACAGUUGCAAGCCGCAGGGUGUCUGUCAGAAGGCGAGAGUGUUGCAUCACUCGGUAUGGGACCACCGAUGAUGUUGGGAGGACCUUCGGGGCUGAUUGGGGACAGAGGCAGCUGCAGUGCUGAUUCCGGUGUUAGAGGCAGCAGUGAUGGCGGUGCCACGUCAGUGUGUGGUGGGAAUCUAUCAGACUCUACGGCUGAAGGCGCUCCGCCGACACUGGAUGCUUACGACACAGACGCAGCAUCACUCGUCUCAUCCGCACACCAUAUCUAUCAACUGAGCACACCACGUGACUGCAGCCCGACUUUGUCGCCACACAACAGCGCGUCGCCCUUCACACGCUCCAUCGACGCUGGAUCUCUAUCUAGGUCUGUGGAACAGCUCUCAAGUCCCGGUGAGUGUGAGGCAGCCUUGCUAGGUGGAGUACGUGGACGAUCAGGCGCGGGUAGUAAGGGAGCCCGUGGUCGCGGCUCAGCGUGGGGCUCCAUAUCUCGAGUGUUCGCUCGCUCCCGACACCGCACCAAGUCAGGCAGUGCCGCUAUUAGCGGACAUGAGAGUGCUUGUUGUUCAGAGCCGAUCUACUCCGGUACUGGUAGCACUCGCGCUUGGUCGCCGUUGGGCAGUGAGGCUGCCUUGAGGGAAGCUGCGUCAUUGCCACUUUCAAGAUGGCGCGCGCCCGCCAUUAUUGCGUGGCUGGAACUAGCGCUUGGAAUGCCACAGUAUGCUGCUGCAGUUGCUGAUAAUGUCAAGAGCGGAAAGAUCCGUGCUUUGAAUGGGCAGGUUCUGCUCGAGCUGUCUGACGCGGACCUGGAGGUGGGGCUGGGCAUCUCGCAGCCAAUGCACCGCAAGAAGCUGAGACUUGCCAUCGAAGAGCGGAGGAGACCAGACCUUGUCCGGAACCCAAGUAUAGGACAGCUGACGCACGCCUGGGUCGCCGCCGAGUGGUUGCCAGAUUUGGGAUUAUCACAGUACGCCGAGUCAUUCCUGGCAAAUCUAGUAGAUGCUCGCAUGCUCGACACCAUCAGCAAGAAGGAACUGGAGAAAUAUCUCGGAGUGACCAGGAAGUUCCACCAGGCCUCUAUCGUACAUGGCAUCCAUUUGCUUAGAAUAAUGAAGUACGAUCGACAGGCGCUCGCUGUCAGGCGGCACCAAUGCGAGAACGUCGACGCCGACCCCUUAGUUUGGACCAAUCAGAGGUUUAUGCGAUGGGCUCAUAAUAUUGAUUUAGGUGAAUUUGCGGAUAAUCUCAAAGACAGUGGAGUGCACGGUGGGCUCGUGGUACUUGAGCCCUCGUUCACCGGAGAAACAAUGGCGACCGCGCUCGGCAUUCCUCCAUCAAAGAGCAUUAUUAGAAGACAUUUGGUAGCCGAAUUUGACGCUCUCGUCAUACCAGCGAGAAACUUGUUUGGUCACCAAAUCAGGAUGUUGGGUAGACCGUUCUCGAGGUCGGUUGCUACUGGCUUACCAGGCAUAGACCUCAGUGGGGAUUCCAGGAGACAUAGUUUGAGGGGUUCAAUAACCCGAGCUUUAGGGGUGUUGAAACCGAAGCACGAGCGAACUUCCCCGUCGAGCUCUAGUGAAAGUUCGAGUGUGUUGAGCUUGACGCAGCCCUACCAGAUCUCAUACUCGCCACCGAUAGCUGUGCGGACACUAUCACAGCUCAGCAUGACGUACGCGCCACCUCCAACGUUGCAGGAGUACGAACCAAUAUACACACCACUCAGCCUGUACUCACAGUCCAGUGUGUCGACCAGAGAUAGCCUCACCAGACUGAAUGAUAUCAAGGAAAAUUCUAGUAUUACUCAUAGGUACGGACAGAAAGCGGACCAAGCUCAUCGCGUUAGCUCGCCUCUCCCAGCCAAGUCAGCAGAUGACGCGCUGGUUAAGCAGAAACGACACCGACGGGUCAAGAGCAUCGGAGACAUCAACGCCUGCACCAAGGCACCAGUGUAAACACAACCUUACGUCAAUUAUAUGAGGAGCUUUCUCAAUUCAACAGUCUUGGAAAGCUGAGCGACUCAAUAGUACCUAGGACAGAAACUCGAACGAAAUGGCCACCUAUAACUCUAGCGCUCCUACGUUCUAUCUCAAGAAAUUAUGCAAUGUUAUCCGAUUUUCGCCGAGAAGAUCCCAUUUUGAACGUAGCUUAAACUAAAUGUAUGUACGGCUGCCGACAUUAGGUACCUACAUAAACCGUCGUCAGUCCUCUCGCCAGUCCUCAGACACCGCUUGUAUGACAAGGCUCUAAAUGUAUCCUAAAUGUUAUUUUGGUUAGAGCAUCGUUCUUUUGUGAGAUGUAAAUCCCACUGUCCUCAUCUUCAAUCCUCCUUUCGUGUACCCAAUUGUAUUACUAUCUACUUGAAUAGAAAAUUGGUUAAAAUGUCGUGACCUUUUCGGUAGUUGAAGAAAACAAUAAAAGAAAAUGUUUUAGAAAUUCAUAAAGCAGCAUCAUGUAUAUCUAGAUCCAAUAUGGAAACUGUAUUAUUGAUUGUAGUAAAACCAACUUUAUAUAGUCAGUCUAGAAUUUCAAUAUGAUCUGAUAUUAGUAAUGUGAUAUUCGAAAAAUGCUGGAUUAUUCGCAUAUUGAUAGAGGAUUCUUUAGACUAGUGAAAUUCUCUAGAAUUUAGAUAAAAAUUGGGUUCAAAUAUAACCAAUUUAGAUAAUCGUGAAUUGGCGAGGACCAAGUCGAUAGUUCAUUAAUCUAUCAAUCAUUGGAAUUUGAGAGUGAGCCAACAAUAGGAACACGCGUACAGUGUGUUACUAGCUUUAACCACAACAACGUUUACAAGGGGCGUAUGUUCACGCCUACAUUAAAACGAACCCAAAGUUUGUGCGGACACAAAUAUCAUUUUGUACAAAGUCGCAUAUCAAAAAACUUUUAAAUGAAUUUGUGAAAGCAAAUAGACUGAGUUUUAAUAAUAAUAACUAAUGAAAUAUUUUAUUGUCUUAUGAUAUUCAGUAUUACAAUGUACGGGAUAAUAGCAUAAUGUGUAACUUUGUAAUGUUUUCGAAUAAGUUUUCACGCUGAUAAUUUUACUUACAAAAGUAGUUGAACUAGUCAAUGUGAUUAACGUUUAGGCAUAAAUAUAUCCAUAGUGAACAAAUACCAAAUAUUGUGUAGUAAGAAAUUACUUUUGUAAGUAAAAUUUGCAUUAAUUAUAGUAGUUCACGUACCACGCUGUAUUAAUCGCCGAACACUGUGAUAACGCUCGACCAUCACGCUACAUACAACCAGAGCUUCUUCUCCAGUAUUUAUACCAAAGUACAUAACUAUUUAAACAAUACUAUACAAGUACAUAAAUAGGAAUUACAUAAUACAUUCCCAUCGAGCUUGAAUCCUAUACUUUUGAUAUUGAUGUGUAUUCAAUUUUGUUAUUAUUUUUAUUGUUUUUUGAAAUGUUUA